GCCGGCGCUCUCGCUCCGUGUCAAGCAGCUCAACUGGGUCGAGCCGUCGAGGAGCUCCACGUCGCCUCCGAUAACCGUUCUGUCUCUUCCGACGCCGCCUUAUAUUUAGCGUCCAGCCGAACGGAGACGAAGAACUCGUAAGAACAAGGUCGCACGCCAUGUAUGUUGCGCCGUGCCUUGGACCCUUGGCCAAGGCAGGACUCCGAGUUAUCCAUAAUACGUACAGUUUCCUAACCCAUGACUCUGAAUCUCUGAUCCCGUAUACAAAUAGUACGAGACGAUGCAGCCGAGCGCCCCCUCGUCUCCAACGUGUAACUCAAGCCACAGCUAGCUCCGCCGCCUGAAACCGAUCGACGGAGCACCGGAGCUCCACACCGAGGCGCGCCGAUGACGUUAGCGGGCAUCCUCGAGGACAUUGAAACCGUGGGCGACACCAUCCUCCUCGUUUCCGCGGGCGCCUGCGGCUUCCAGUUCGUCAAGGGCGUCGUGAGCCGCUCCUCCAAGGGCGCGCGCCUCGCCGGCGGCGUCCAGGCGGUCGUCACCAACAAACGCCGCGUCGGCCGCUGGACGGCCUGGUCGGGCGUCAUGACGGCCAUCGAGGUCGGCCUGGAACGCGCGCGCCAUGUCGAAGGCCCCUUGAACCUGAUGGUCGCGUGUGGCGCCACCAACACCCUCUUCUCCGCGCAUAUGGGAACGCGCGCCGCCGUCGUGUCGGGGCUCAAGGGCGCGGCCUACGGCGGGGUCGCGGGGGUCGCCCUCCACAGCAUCGUACGCCUCCUCGAUUCCGCGGUAGCUAAUUAAAACAUCGGAUCAACUUGGAUCAUGUGUUUGGUUGCUUCCCCGGCCCUGUUAAAUAGUUAAAAUUAGCUUUUCUACGUGAUGCAUUGUUAUGAACCCGGACUAUUCUUCCAUUACUACACCUCUCAAAUCCAGUAGUUCUUCCAGUACAACGGAUAAUCAGCAAGAGGGAGGGAGAUUUAGAGAAAUUCUGAGGUAGAAGAGAAGCAGGGGGUUGGGGAAAUAUCAGAGACGUCUCGAUACAUGGCUUCCAAAAGCGAAUACCAAAAAGGACAACGCCUCGCUAAAUAGGAGCAGAGCUGUCAGCUGGGCCCUUGCCAGUUUGCUCUCCAUGCUUGGACGAAGCCUCUUUUCUGCCUCCACGCACUUGGUCAAGUAGUUCACUCUGAACCGCUGAAUCGUGCAGCUCUCCUUCCCUCCCCUUUCGUCCGACGCACUUGCUCAGCUUCUACUGAUGAGCCCUGAUCCAAGAUCUUCAUCCCCUCUGUCGUCGUUGCUUGUCUGUCCAUGUAGGCUUUAGGUUUGUAACAUUCAUGUCCUCUGAAGAUAUUCUCCU